AUCAGUUUUAUCUGCACAGUUUUAACUGUACAGUCUAACUGUUCAGUUAAAACUGAUAUCCCUUGUGACUACACACUGAAAGUUAUUUUAUUAUUUAUCCUUUUCGCUUGAAGUAAAGACGUUCGACGGAAUCAUGGAUGACGCUGUGGCAAUUAUUGGAUUAUUGUGUAUUUUACAAAAAAAAAGACAAAGAAGGAAAAGAAUGUGGUGUAAACAUUGGUUAUUACAGAGAAAGCAAUAUACGCAUAACAAUUUACUAAAGGAGAUCAGAAUUACUCCAAAAGAUUAUCGUAACUAUUUAAGAAUGGAUGAAGAAACUUAUUUGCUUUUGCUCGAUUUAGUUACACCAAGAAUAAUGAAACAAGAUACAGUGAUGAGAAGUGCUAUUUCACCACAUGAAAGAUUAACAGCAACGCUUCGAUUUUUAGCAACAGGUAGAAGCUACGAAGACCUUAAAUUUUCAACAAUAAUAUCCCCCCAGUCACUUUCCAGUAUUAUACCAGAAACGUGUGAAGCGAUAUAUAGUGUUUUACACAAGGAUUACUUAAAGUUUCCUCGAUCACAAGAAGAAUGGAAAAGAAUAGCUGCACUAUUUGAACAAAGAUGGAAUUUUCCGCAUCUGCUUGGGGCGAUGGACGGGAAGCAUGUAACAAUAAAUCCACCACGAGGAAGUGGGUCGACAUAUUUCAAUUAUAAGAAAAAACACAGUAUGGUCUUAAUGGCUAUAGUUGACGCUCAAUAUCAGUUCAUUUUAUGUGAUUUUGGAACCAACGGACGAAUAUCAGACGGUGGAGUUUUACAAAAUACAACAUUCUUUCAAAAACUUCAAGAGAAUGACUUGAAUAUUCCGGCCGAAGAAAUCGUAACGAAUAGCUCAAAAUCGUUACCGUAUGUCUUUGUUGCUGAUGACGCUUUUCCACUAAGGACUGAUAUGAUGAAACCUUUUAGACAGGCUGAGUUGGAUACAAGAGAAAAAAAAAUUUAUAACUACCGUGUUUCGCGAGCAAGACGAAUUGUUGAAAAUUGUUUUGGUAUUUUAGCUACACGAUUUCGAAUAUUUCAUACAGAUAUUAAUGUACAUCCAAGUAGAAUUGAAUCAAUUGUAAUGGCAUGUUGUGCCUUACACAAUUUUUUAAUUAAAAUGUUACCAAAUUCUUAUAUCAGUCCAGAGUGUUUUGAUCGCGAACAGACUGAUAUUGGACAUGUCACACCAGGUUACGAUACAAAUCAUUCUACCAUGGAACCUUUACAACAAAGGAAUAUAGGAAACACGGCCCGAACACCCAAAAUGAUUAGACAAGAAUUUAUGAAUUAUUUUAAUAAUGAAGGUCAAGUUCCCUGGCAAAAUAAUUUUAUUUAAGUAAAUAAAAUAAUGUUUAUAUAAGUAA